AAGGAAGGAAGGAAGGACAGUCAUUUUCUGCUCUCAGUCCAAACUCCAUCCACACCUCACAGUCAUUUUCUGCUUUGUUGGUCGAAUCGAAACUACGGACCCAGGACACACAGUCGCCAAUAAUGGGAAAAGAAGACACCAGCAACAGAUAUAGUGCCACAAAUGAUAUAAGAGGUCUCGAUGGCGCAGCUGAUUUUGGGAUUAUUGAGUCUCCCAACUCAGAUGUCAACUGGAGCAACGCGGCCCAAGGCCAAGGUGGUGAAAGAGGAAAGAAACCCCAAGGUGAAGGUCACAAGAUCGAAUACCAUAUGAAAAGAACCAGGCAAUCCAAGAUUUAUGAAAAUACAAUUGCCGCAACAAAAGGAGAAUCAGGUGUUGGGAUUUCAAGCUUUCACAACGUACAUGUCAACCGGAACAAUGGCGGCCAAGGGCAAGGUAGCCGUGAAUUCGAAGUUAUCUGUCACAGCAUAUAUCGUAAUAAAAUUACUGCAGAUAAUAGAUCCACAAAAGUUUGGGUAGAAAACUUUGGCAACACCAACAUCAACUGCAACUGCAAGACUACUAGUCCUAAAGAUCACGGCAAAGCAGCAGUUGGCUCGAGUUCCGCCCAAGGCCAAGAUGAAGCUGGAGGAGAGGAACCCAAAGGUGACGGUCUCAACAUUCGUGGCAAUGACAUUGUAGGAGAUAGAAUUCCGGAAGCGUAUCAAAACUUCAGCAACUUCGAAUGGAACUUGAAGACAACUAAUACUGAAGAUGGCGGCAGCACCAACCAAUCCAGAAUUACUGAAAAUGAAAUUACAGCAUGCAAUGGAUCCUCAGAUGUCGGGAUAUUCAACUGUGACAACGUCAAUAUCGACUGCAGCAAUGCCGGCCAAGGUCAAGGUGGCUGUGAAGGAAACGAGGGCCUCCUAAAAAACAAAGGUAUCAGUCACAACAUUGAUAAAAAUACUAUUAUAGCAGUUAAUUCCCGAAGAGUUGGGAUACAAGACUUUGGCAACAUCAAAUACAACUGCAAGAGUAUUAUAAGUAGAAUCUUGCAUUUUUUCGGCUAUUCAUAUUAAUUCCAGAAUUUCUUUAGCCAUGUGUGGAUAUACCAUAUGAGAAUUUGAUGUUGCCAUUGGACUCCUC